UUUAGAUGCAGAGGACAGAGCCAACACUAGAGUGAGGAACUCAUUCAGGAUUCAAACUGAACAAUGGCACAUUUCAACAUCAGCAACACAUGGAACGAAAGUUAUGAAGAAAACAACAACAGCAACAGCUUCAACAACAAUGAACACAACAAUUUCCAAUACUGCACCAUUAAUAGCUGCGAUAAACACAAAGCAGCAUUCAUCUCAUAUGUUAUUACAUGGAUCAUCGUCUGCAUCAGCCUUCCUUUGACCCUACUGGCCAUCUACUCACUGUCUUCUCUGGUCAGAAAGGAUCACGGUGCUCCACUCUACGUCAUCAACCUCCUCAUUUCUGAUCUGGUUCAGCUCAUCUGCAUGAUUGCUGGGGUGGCUUCCGGGGAGUUCUUGGCUGCUGGAGUUUUCUUCUAUCAUUAUGGUCUGUUGUCCAGCGUUGGCUUCAUGGUGUGUAUCUCCCUAGAAAGGUAUCUGGUCAUCGUCUGGCCGCUGUGGUACAGAUUCAGAAGAACCAUCAAGACCUCUGUGGUGGUCUGUGUCCUAGCCUGGAUCCUUCCUCCUGUUUUUUUCCUCCCAUUCUAUUACAGUUUGGGUUUUCUGACCACACAAACCAUCGUAGGUGUCUUCCUCCUCCUCCCCCUCCCUCUGUUCAUCUUCUUCCUGGGUGGGAGUCUUAAAGCGCUGUCUGGAUGCAUCAGUGUCUCCUCUGAUGAAAAACAAAGAAUUGUAUCAGUUUUGGUCGUAGUGCUGCUUAUUUACACACUGCUGUUCAUGCCCACUGUGAUUCUUGUGUUUCUGGUAACAAUCACAGACAGAACCAACUUUGAACUUUGGACUGCGUCCAACAUUCUCAUUCAGCUGAGUCCUCUUGUAGACUUGAUUUUGUACUUUUUCAUGAUAAAAGGAGCCACAGACAAGAUUUUGGCCUCACUGUGUUGUUGCAGGAUAUCAGCUGCUCCUGGAGGUGCCGAGGUCCAAGCAGAAGAUCAGAGGGGACAGAGUCCCUGUCCCUGCUCCUAA